AUGUCGACGACUGUAGCAGAAACGAAACCCAAAACGAAGAUCGUGUGCACGCUCGGACCUGCAUCUAGGUCUGUACCGAUGGUUGAGAAGCUUCUGCGAGCAGGUAUGAACGUUGCUCGCUUCAACUUCUCCCAUGGCUCCCACGAGUAUCAUCAGGAAACCCUAGAUAAUCUGAGAGCCGCCAUGGAGAACACCGGUAUUCUCUGCGCCGUCAUGCUCGACACUAAGGGGCCUGAGAUUCGAACUGGAUUUCUCAAGGAUGGUAAGCCUAUCCAAUUGAAACUAGGCCAUGAGAUAACUGUUUCAACUGACUAUAGCUUAAAGGGUGAUGAGAAUACGAUCUGUAUGAGCUACAAAAAGUUGGCCCAUGAUGUGAAGCCCGGGAGUGUCAUACUCUGCGCAGAUGGAACCAUAUCAUUUACAGUUUUAACAUGUGACAAAGAACAGGGUUUGGUUCGGUGCCGCUGUGAGAAUUCUGCUGUUCUAGGAGAGAGGAAGAAUGUUAAUCUGCCUGGAGUCGUAGUGGAUCUCCCAACUUUGACUGAGAAAGACAAGGAAGAUAUAAUGGUUUGGGGAGUUCCCAAUAAAAUUGACAUGAUUGCGCUUUCUUUCGUUCGAAAGGGUUCUGAUCUGGUGCAAGUUCGGAAGUUGCUAGGAAAGCAUGCUAAGAACAUUCUUCUCAUGUCAAAGGUUGAAAACCAAGAAGGGGUUGCAAACUUUGAUGAUAUCCUUGCUAAUUCAGAUGCAUUUAUGGUGGCACGUGGUGACCUUGGAAUGGAAAUUCCAAUUGAGAAGAUUUUUCUUGCACAGAAAGUCAUGAUUUAUAAGUGCAAUAUCCAAGGAAAGCCAGUUGUUACUGCAACCCAGAUGUUGGAAUCAAUGAUCAAAUCUCCCAGGCCAACCAGAGCUGAAGCUACUGAUGUUGCCAAUGCAGUUCUGGAUGGAACAGACUGUGUGAUGCUUAGUGGUGAGACAGCUGCUGGAGCUUAUCCAGAACUUGCUGUUCGAACUAUGGCUAAAAUAUGUGUUGAAGCUGAAAGCACCCUUGACUAUGGAGACGUAUUUAAAAGGAUAAUGCAGCACUCACCAGUGCCUAUGAGUCCAUUAGAGAGUCUAGCUUCUUCUGCUGUUAGAACAGCCAACUCAGCUAGAGCAGCUCUCAUAUUGGUUUUAACUCGAGGAGGGACUACUGCAAAUGAUGAGUCCCCUGCAAGACAUAGCUUGAUAUUCCGAGGAUUGAUUCCAAUACUAAGUGCAGCCUCUGCUAGAGCUUCUCAUGCUGAAACAACAGAAGAUGCAAUAGAAUUUGCCCUUCAAUGUGCCAAGACAAAGGGACUCUGCGUUAACGGGGAUUCUGUUGUGGUUCUGCAUCGUGUGGGCACUGCAUCAAUCAUCAAAAUCUUGACCGUGAAAUGA